CAUUGUCAGUAUUAUCAUCAUAUUCAAGAUUGGUCACACUCGAUGUGCAAAAUGUUGGAAUAUUUUUAGUGCUGUUUUAUGAAAUGUAUAUAAAAUUAAAACACGAAGUUAAUUCGAAUAGAUUACAACGAUUAAAAAGCUAAUCUAAUACAACACAAACCAAAGAUGGGUCGCAGUAGACUUCGAAAGAAACAAUUGUCCUCAGGAUCAGAGAGUGACGUUUCGCCUACGCCUCCGAAAAGAAAGAAAUCCAGGCGUAGCGCAGAAACUAGCGAAGAGGAUGGAAUGAUUGUGGAAGCAUCUACUUCGCGCGCGGUUCACAGGCGCGCAACAGCGAAUGCAAGCUCUUCCUUCGAGAAUCCCUCGCACGGACUGACAGCUCGAAACGUAUUCCAGCGUUGCGGAAAAAUUAUUUCCAUACGUUUACGAAAUUUUAUGUGCCACUCGAAUUUAUACAUAAACUUUGGGCCACAUAUCAAUUUUCUUGUUGGCAGCAAUGGUAGCGGCAAAAGUGCCGUGAUCACUGCCCUUGCAUUAGGGCUUGCCGGCAGUGCACGCAACACAAGUCGCGCCAGCAGCAUACAGAAGCUCAUUAAGAACGGGGAGACAAAUUCAUCCAUUGAGCUAACCCUAUGCAAUACGGGACUGCGGCCAUUCAAGUACGACGUUUAUGGUCCACACAUUACGGUUGUACGCCAAAUACGCCAAUCAUCCUCGACGUAUGAGAUGAGAGACGCUCAGAACAGAUGCGUUUCCAAGAAACUGGACGAAAUACGACGCCUGCUGCUUUAUUUUGGCAUAAGUGUUGAGAAUCCGAUCUUUGUGCUCAAUCAGGAAGCUUCGCGCGAAUUUCUCAAAGACCUAGAACCUGCAUCGAACUAUAAAUUGCUUAUGAAGGCGACACAGCUGGAUUUAUGCGCGGCCAGCUUGACUCAAUGCCACGAGCAGCGCGAGCAUAUUAAUUAUGAUCUGGAGCUGCUUAAAAAGAAAAAGGAAAAGUUGAAAAAGCUGUGCCAAGAGGAAGAGGAAAAGUUGGCAUUAAUUAAAAAUAAAGAGGCAAUUAAGAUUCAAUUAAAAGAGGCUACAACCAUGCUGGCUUGGCAGAAAGUAACCAAGAUUCAGGAAGAUCUGACUAAAAUGGAGCAUACACUGAAAAUAAUUGAGAAGAAAAACGCAGAUCUGUCGCAGAAAACAACCCAGAAGAAUAGCACACAGUUGGCACUCGCUCAGCAGCUCGAGCAAAUUGAGGAAACCAAACAUCGAAUUAUGGAAAGUCACCAAUCGCAGGAAACAAGGCUAAGAGCCGUCAAGCGAACUAUUCAAGAUUGUCUUUAUAAAGCCAGUUCAAUUAAAGCAGGAAUUAAAAAUGUAGAGAAACGUCUUAGGGAGGAACAGACUACCUACGAUGGCUGUCAGAGGCAUAUGAAUAACUAUCACGAAGACUAUUCGGAAGUGAAAAGGCUUCGGGAACAGAACGCUGCUACGCUGGCAACUCUCAAAGUAAAGGUGGCUGAGAGUAAUGAGCUGAUUUCCAGGCUCAGGGACGAACAGAACAGUACAAAGAACCGAAUGCCUGCCACGAUAGAGCAGGUAGAGUCCGUGAAAAAUGAGCUGAGCAAACUGCGAAAAACUGAGCAAAGCCUGCAAUGGGAAAUGGAAUCGCUGUUGCGCAACAAGUCAAACAAAAUGUCCGUUUAUGGUGAGCACGCAAUGCAAGUGGCCAAUGCAUUGCGUGUUCAGUACAGUGGCGGCAAUGCGCACAAAAUGCCGCGUGGACCUAUUGGCAUGUACAUAACUGUACCGAAUCCCAAGUAUCGAGAUCUGAUAGAGAAUCAACUGGCUCACUGUCUGCGCUCGUAUAUUGUUAGCACCGACAAGGAGCGAGUAUCUCUGAGAGCUCUGCUGCAAGAAUCUUAUGCAGGUGGGAAUAUACCUACAAUCAUCACGAGUGCGUUUUCUAACCGGGUUUACAACGUAUCCAAGUACAAAGUGCAAAACAGAUCUUCAAAUACGACCGUGCUGAUGGAUGAGAUUAGAUGCGAUGAUCCUGUCGUAAUGAACUAUCUUAUUGAUACAAUGCGCAUUGAGACGGUCUUGGUCACCGAUUCCAAGGAGAUAGCCGAAUCGCUUACGUCGAACUCGGAAAAUGUGCCACCCAAUUUAACUCGCAUAUUGGUGCCCAAUUUGGGACUGGAGUAUUCGCCAUCGCCCAACUAUGCCAUGUACUCCAUUAAAAUCACGCCUGCGCGCUUCAUUCAGGUCAAUGUGGAUGAUCGCAUUCGGCAGCUGAAGACAGAGCAGGAAAGCCUAAGAGAGCGUGCAGCAAUCCUUCAACCAGUAUAUGCUAAGGCUAAGCAAAAGCUGGACAGUGACGCAAAGGAGAUAAGCACUAAAAGUAAUAUGAUUAAUGCACAUCACACAGAAAACUCAAAAGCGUUGCAAAGAAUUAUGGAUAUUGAGAAUUUCGAAUAUCGGGAAUUACCCGCUCUUGAUGUGCUGGAAACUCACUUGACGACCAGCGGUGAGAAGAUCGAGAAAUGUAAAGAGGAGCGUAAAGUCUUGGAAAGUCAACUGCGCGAUAUCGACGAACGUAAAACUCAAGCUGCCGAAGAAGCUAAAAGCGAACAAAUUAUUCUCGACGGAAUUAAUAAAAAAGUAAGCGAAAUUGACACGGCGUCUCAGGAAUUACAACGUAAAGCUCGUGAUUUGGAUCGACAUUAUGAGGAAAACCAACGACGUUUUAAACAAACUAACGAGCUACUUAAAUCAAUGCUAAAAGACAAAAAAGAUUUGGAGGAUGAUUUAGAAAAGGAGCGCCGCGAGGCACAGAAAGUCGGUGACUUUAUUGAUACAAACAAAUCUGAAGAGAGAAUUCGUGAUAAAAUAAAUCGAUAUAAAGCAAAGAUCAAACAUUACGAAUCGAUGAAUUUAAACAGCGAGGAAGUAGAACACAAGUUAUCCACCUUGCUUGAUAAUCUUAAAAUCGAAACUGAAAACUUGGAGAAUAUCUUAUGUGUUGUCGAGAAAUUACGCAUCGAAUACCAUACUCGGGCACAACGAUUUCAGCGAUCGCGAUAUCAUUUCUUUACCAUGGUGCAGUUUCAGUUCAAGCAAGCACUUGUAUGUCGCCAAUUUGAAGGCAGUCUGGAGCCGAAUCAUAAAGAUAAAACGUUGCAGAUCAGUGUCUUCCCGCCAAGCGGGAACAAGACUUCGAAUACGAGGAGUUUGUCCGGCGGCGAAAGGUCCUUUACCACAGUGUCCCUACUGAAGGGCCUUUGGAGCACUUCCGAUCAUCCAUUUUAUUUCUUGGACGAAUACGAUGUAUUUACUGACGAAGUUAACAGAACUUUUAUUACUAAACUGCUGAUUCAGGAGGGCACAGAUUUUCCAAACCGACAGUAUUGUUUUCUUACCCCACAAGAUACUAAAGUCGAUGCGAAUCACUUAAUAACAGUACAUAAAUUGGAAGCACCAGAGCAUUAAUUUCAAGCUAAUUUUUAUAAAAUUUGUUGCUGGACGACUGCUCUAAAAAAACAUUACCAUAUAUUUAAUUUAGGCUCUUAUAUGUUAUAUGUUAUUAAAUAAACGUAAAUUUUCUUUAAAA